CAUACGUUCGACAUAACGUCAGAUAUUUAAAAACCAAGCCAAACAUAACAUUAUUAUUGAACUACUUUAUUUAUUUCCACUCUCAUUAAAAAUCUUGCGUCAAUUUAUUCAAUGACAUUAUAUCUUGGAAUUAGUAAACUCAAGGAGUUUAGAUUUGCAAAAAUCUCCGAGUUAUUUUUGAUAAACGGACCUUACGUAUUACCGAUAAAUCUGUUUGUAAACAAAAUCGCGGGAAAUGAUGUUUUCUUGUAAAAGUUUAAAGAUUUAAAUAUAUAUAUUGAUAUAUCUUUUGCAUUUGCAACUUUUCUCAUAACAAUGCUUAUGAUAUUUUUCCAUAUGAUAGUAUAUUUUAUAAAAACUCACGGAGAGCUCAAUCAAUUAAAGAAUCAUCAUAUUAUUUAUUUACAAAAUAAUGGGUAUCUGCCAAAAUAUGGAAACAAAUCCAGCGGAAAAGGUUUUAAAAACUUUGAGUUGUUGAAUGCAUUAAAGAAAUUUCAAGAGUUUGCUGGAUUACCAACUACAGGAGUAUUGGAUUUAAUUACAGUCAAAAAGUUUAAUCAACCACGUUGUGGUAUGGAAGAUAAAUUUUCAAAUUUGCGGCCUAAAAGAUAUGUUACACAGGGUGGAAAAUGGCAUAAGAAGCUUUUAACAUUUCAAAUUUUAAAUUAUUCUAAUGACCUGAGUAAGAAUCAGAUUGAUAAAACUAUAAAAGAUGCAUUUCACAAAUGGGAAGCAGUUAGUAGGCUUAAGUUUACUGAACGAUCAAAUGGUAUUGCUGAUAUCAAGAUUAAGUUUACACGUUCCAAUCAUGGUGAUCCAUAUCCAUUUGAUGGACCUGGUGGUACUUUGGCACAUGCAUUUUAUCCAGGAACCCAUGAUUUAUCUGGUGACAUUCAUUUUGAUGAUGAUGAGCUUUUUACUUUGAAUACCAUGGAAGGUAAAGAUUUAUCAUGGGUUGUUUUGCAUGAGUUAGGUCACUCUUUAGGUUUAGAGCACUCUCACGAGAAAGGUGCAAUAAUGUAUCCUUGGUAUGAAAGACAUGAUGGUAGAGAAAUAGUUUUGCACGAGGAUGACAUAGAAGGAAUACAGUUUUUAUAUGGCAUUCCUGACAACGAAAAACACUCUCACGAUAAAAACCAGCCAAGCAGAUGUGUCGAAAAGAUAGACGCAGUUACCAUUGAUCAAAGAGGAUAUGUUACAGUAAUUAGUAAAGGAUUUGUUUAUACUUUUGAUAACAAACUUGAUUUAUCCGAGCAACCAGUGUCUCUUCAUGCAAAGUUUAAUAACAUUAAAGAAAUAGAUGCUUCAUUUACAAAGAUAAAUGGUCACAUCAUUUAUAUUCAUGCUGAUAAAUUUUGGGAGUACAAUGGUGAUCGUCUAAUCAAGGGACCUAUUCUUACUAAAAAUAUUGGUUUUACAGCUGAUAUGGUUAAUCUAGAUGGUGCUGUGCGUUGGCAUUUAAAUAAGAGAGUAUAUUUUUUUAAAGGUAAUAAGUACUGGCGUUUCAAUGAAAAAACAUAUCGCAUUGAUCCAGAUUAUCCAAAAUUAAUCAGAGAUUUUUGGAUUGGAGUACCAGAUAAUAUUGAUGGUGUAUUUGAAUGGACUAAUAAUUAUUUAUACUUUUUUAAAGGGUUAAAUUAUUAUCGCUUUGAUAAUAAAAGAUUAAUGGUUGCCGAUGGUUACCCACUAACGUUUCAGAAUAAGUUUUUUCGUUGCAAUGAAAAACUUUCUUUAGGACCAUAUACUAGUGCUUCACAGCAUCUUUCUUUUAAUUUAUUUUUAAUGGUUUUAUUUGGCUUGUUCUUCAUUUGUUCUUCAUUUAAAUUGAAGUAGUUCUUAUUAUUAUUCUUAUUCUUCAUUUAAAUUUAAUAUUUUAUUAAAUGUAUAUAUAUCUAUAUAUAUUUUAUCUAGCAUAUAU